GGUAUGGCUUGAUCGUUUGAGGACACUUUCGCGCACGUACAGCCCUUCUGGUCGCUUUAAAUCAGCGAUUUUAAAAGGCGCGCAGCUGCGUUCCGAAACAAUGUAACAUUCGCAUUAUGAUGUAAUGUUACAAUGUAACACAUUCGCGGCGCGACGUCAUGCAACAAUUUACCUAAAUCUACCGUCGGCUCUGUUCCAUUCUUUAUGCUUUUGAACCACGGAAGCUCAUUAAACGCGUCGAAUAGCGGCAUUUUCGCUAGUUUCGUCGUUUAUUUAAUGCUUAAAUCUAACGAGAUUUAUAAACUAAUACUUCGGUGUGCUGGAAGUGGCCAUGGAUGCGUUUGUAAAUAUUCCUAAACAUCUCACGACAUCAAUUCGAUUCCCUAAGUGUCCCGCAAUGAAACGUGCACUCUAGAAGUGACCCAUUAAUGGCAUGCACGAGGCCACUGCUGCUGUUGUGUUCAGAAAACCCGUCCAUACAUCAUUCAUUGGAAGGAGUUGAAGAAAUAUGGCAGAGGAGAUAGAUAAGCCCUUGGCUGUGGACGUCGACAUAGACCCUGAUUUCGAGCCCCAAAAAAGGCCCAGGUCCUGCACCUGGCCUCUGCCCAGACCGGAGUCAAAUAGUGGGAAAGCAGAACCAGCAGAUGUGGGAAUCAUUCCUGAGGAAGAGGUGGAUGAAAAUGGCACUGACGAUGAUGCACAAGCAUCUAGUGGCAUUACAGGCGCAUCAAAUCCCGUCAGUGUGACAGAAGGAAACCAAGCUCCUGAUGCUGCUCCUGCUAUAGAAACCAGUGCAGCCGUCAGUGAUAAAGACCCAUACGGCUCUCUUGUAUCUUCCCAACAUGCUCUGCCUGGAUGCAACGACUCCAGCAUCAACGGUCUGAUUCCUCAGCAGCCCAGAAAAUCCUCUGCCCGCAGGAAUGCCUGGGGAAACUAUUCCUACGCAGACCUCAUCACACAAGCCAUCGAGAGCUCGCCCGAGAAACGGCUGACAUUGGCCCAGAUUUAUGAUUGGAUGGUCCGGAAUGUGGCAUACUUCAAGGACAAAGGUGACAGCAACAGCUCUGCAGGAUGGAAGAACUCAAUACGACAUAACCUGUCACUCCACAGUCGCUUUGUCCGGGUCCAGAAUGAAGGAACAGGAAAGAGUUCUUGGUGGAUUGUCAACCCUGAUGGCGGAAAAGGGGGCAAAGCUCCACGGAGACGUGCUGUUUCCAUGGACAACAGUAAUAAGCUCAUCAAGAGCGCCCGUGGCCGUGCCGCAAAGAAGAAGGCCGCUCUUCAGGCUACUCAAGACGGAAGCUCUGAGAGUUCCUCCAGCCUGUCCAAAUGGACCGGCAGCCCGACCUCCCGCAGUAGCGAUGAGCUCGACGCUUGGACGGAUUUCCGUUCCCGCACUAAUUCUAAUGCAAGCACCUUAAGUGGACGCCUUUCCCCAAUUCUGGCCAACCUGGAGGUGGAUGAAGUUCCCGAUGACGACUCGCCCCUGUCGCCCAUGCUGUACUCGAGCCCUAGUAGUAUGUCUCCAUCCACUGGACUAAUAGAACUACCCCGUCUUGCUGAUCUUGCAGGAACCAUGAAUCUCAACGAUGGCCUUUCCGACAACCUAAUGGAUGACCUUCUAGAUAACAUCAGCCUGACAGCUUCCCAGUCUCCGGGCCAAGACGAGAGUGGGACCAACCUACAGGGAAGCCCUGUGUUUACCUUCAGCUGCUCUGGGAGCAGUCUGGCAAUUCCCUCUGGCAGCUAUGGCACCAACUCCAUGUUUAGCCCUCCAUCCGUCACUGGCCUGAGGCAAUCUCCAAUGCAAACGAUCCAGGAAAACAAGCAGGCAACGUUCUCCUGCGGUUCCCUCUUUAGUGAUCCGAGUCUGCAGGACUUGCUCAGCUCCGAGUCCAAUAGUCACAGUGAUGUCCUUCUUACUCAAUCUGAUCCGCUAAUGUCACAAGCCAGUGCCUCCCUUUCCUCCCAGAAUGCCCGUCGUAGUGCCCUGUUGCUGCGUAAUGACCCUAUGAUGUCCAAUCAGGCUGGGCCUGUAGGACAACUGGGGCUAAAGAAGGUGUCGCCAUCUGGAUGGUGGAUGAACUCAAGCAGCGAGUCAGACUACCAAAGCUUGAUGAAGCAACAUCUCCAACAGUCUCCCUUCAGAAGCACAUCUAUGCAGCUCAACUCUUCCGAUUCAUUGUUGGCAGGUCUCAAUGGCAGCAUGACCUCCGUUCAGUCGGUGUCUCAGGACCAAUUCCCAUCUGACUUGGAUCUCGAGGCAUUAAGUGGCAGUUUUGAUUGUGACAUGGAUGCCAUCACCCGCAAUGAUCUGAUGGAUGCUGACAGCCUGGAGUUCAGCUUCGAUUCGCAUCUCAUCUCCACUCAGAAUGCUAACCUGACAUCAGGGAGCUUCUCCCGUACCAAACGAACCUCCUCCCAAAGCUGGGUACCAGGUUGAUCCAGCCAGUCCCAGGAAUGUAGGGAUGGGGCAGAACACUGCAUUUGAGCCAACUGUCCACUUCAAAGCAACUGUACAUUAUGCUGUAGAAAAGCUAUUUGACAUCUGUUGGAAUGAGUCAAUGUCAAUGAUUUACCCAGUUGGUGUUGUAGUUUUGUGGCUGUAUGUUUUGUAUUGCCAUGAUUGAGGCUGGUUUGAUGGACAUUGUGAAGAGUUUCAACAAAUUUAACCUUGAAGUGCUUGCAGGUUCAUCUAAACGCCAAUGACAAGGUAUUGAACUCGGCUGCUGGAAUACUGUAAGCGCAGUACCAUAGAGAGAAGGUUGUUUAUAUAUGAAGGCUUGGCCAACAGUACUUCCCUUAGUCCAUCUAGAAUACAAAAUCCGAAAGCAUUUCGGAGUUUGAAAAUAGUCGGGUCAGUUUGAAAACCAAUCAAAUAUCUUGAAUACUCCUUAGUAAACCGGGCUCCCAUGAAAGCAAUUGGGAAUGUGGAAAGAGUUGUUCAGUCAGAAACCAAAUGAGAAUCUUGAAUUCUCAUUGGUCAACUGUACCUACAACAAGUGGAGGGUCAUAGAGAGAAGGUUAUCAGUAUAUGAAGUCUUGGGCAACUGAACCCAAGAAUCCCAUCUAGAAAACUCACCACUGCGUAUGAGUUGACUACACAGUAAGAAUCUCUUAUGAAAGCAUUUGGGAGUGUGGAAAGAUUUGGGUCAGUAUGAAGACCAAGCAAGAAUUGUGAAUUAGUCAACUGGUUCCUACGGCAGAUUGCACUGCAGAGAAAUGACAAAUAUUCUCUUUUUUUUUGGUAGUGUCACUUUGGCAAACCAUUGCAUUUUCGUCUAGGCCUGUCGUUGUGAUACUUUAUCCCCAUUGAAAGUCAACUGUAGUCUAUAGAUAACCUUAGUUUGUUGUAGUUUCUCGUAACCGUGAUCAAUAUUAAUACAUUUGUAGUCCUUGAAACAAACACUUGCCUUUUGCCAAACUAGUCCUCAGGACAAUUGCAGCAAUGGCUUGUUUACAACACAAACUCUUGAGAAUGUUUCUGUUGUCUGAAAAAUUGCCAUGAAAAAUGUCUCUUUCUCCAAUAAUAAUUAUUUUUAUUUUAUUUUUUUAUGUGUGAAGCUGAAAAAAGGGAAGCGGUUGUGUUUUUGUGAAAACGGUGAACAAUAUAUUGUUGACUCCUUUUAUGGAAAAGAGAACUAUGAUAUGAUGAUAAGCUAUAUAUUUAAUGUUCUGCUGUAUGAAACUAGUUGGUCAGUGUUUCCUAUGGGUUUCCUAACACAACCUGUGCAUUUAUCUUGCUCUGAGUUCUUGAACACGAGCAUCUCCGCCACCUCUAAACUGUGAUCACUUCUGGAGUCAACCAUUUUAGAUAGAUUAUGAGCUAAAUAUUGGUAUUUCUUUAUGUAUACACACACACACACACACACACAAGACCUCAUUCAUGAAGUCAUGGCUAUAUAAAUGGUUUGUAAAAUCAAUGUUUUUUCUUUUAACAAUUUACACAUCUCUAAAUAAUCCUUAAAUAGUUGCAUUCAAUGCCAUUUUAGUGUUUUUGUGCAUUUACUGUACAUUGACAUGCAUGCAACAAUUUAUCUAAAAGUAGGUUUACAAAUUUCUCUUUAAAUCAUACAUUUCUUUUGUGCUUGUAUUUCAUGAAUGAGGCCCGUAGUGCUUAUGUGAAUGUGCUGUACACUAAAAAUAUAUGUGUCUAUACACAUAAAUAUUGGAUUCGCUCUACAGAUAAGGUAUAUUGACAGUUAUCAAUUUUGGAAUGUUGAUUAAGGACCACUAGAUGUUUGUGUAUUUGUAGCAGGAAAAAAAUGAAGUUAAGCGCAUUUGGUGCUAAGUGAAAUUGUGUUGGAUCAGUACAUAUGGCUGGCAUGUCACAUUCUCAGCAUUUAUGUGUAUAUAUCUACACAAUGGCUGGUGCUAAUGGAAAGUGUGUAGCAGUUGUGAUGGCAGUGUGUUUUAAACAUCCGUAUAGUUUUUAAAAUGGAAGGCAGCCACAUUGUAGUAUUACAGUCUGUAUGGAUAAGCUAUGUAAGAAAGCUCCUAUGUUGUACUGUAUUUAACUGUUGAUCUUGAACAUGCCAGACAACCAAAUUCAAGGCUGAUUAGAAGUAAUGCAGCUACUCCGUUUGAUGAAAUAGUAGUGCCAUUCAGGGACAACUUGCAGAUGUUCAGUAGUUACACCUAAUGUUGUUUUAACAUCACAUUGGAAUGUACCUUUUGUUAAGGUUAGAUUCACGCCCAUAAUUUUCAUAAGCAUCUUUAGCACUGAUUUUUUUUUUAUCUGCUUUUUAUCAGCCAGAGUCUCAGAAUUUAAGAUGACUAUAAAAAGUGGAUUGUGCUUGAUUUACCUUUGUUUACUUCAUAUUGUGUAAUACCUUUUCAGCAUUAUAAUUUGCUGCCUUUAAAUGUUUUCAAUUCAGAUUUUUUUGCUAAUAAUUUUUUAUUCAUUUUGAAAGUGAAUCUUAAAGAGGGAAUUAACAUGAAAUGUGAGGACUAAAUCUGCGUGUGUAAAACCUCAAAACAAUUGGCCAUUUGUUACCGUCCACUCAAUGUUUGCUUGACUUUACCUUUGUAUUUCAAUUUGGAUAAUGUACACAAAAUACUGCAAGGCAAGGUGCAUGUAAAUAAAGCUUGUACAACACAAUGCA